AUGGAUGAUCAAUUGUAGAAACUGAUAGAAGGAGACGAAAUGAGAAAAUUCACGGACUAUUUCUCAUACAAGGCAACGAUUGGACAAGGCGCAUUUGGUAUUGUUGUUAGUGCAGUGAACUUGACAACACAAUAGGAAGUGGCAAUAAAAGUAUGUUCUCCCAAUCUAUACUGAUAGGUAAUCAAGAAGAAAUUAGUCAAUCGAUAUGAUUAAUUAAAAUAAGAAUCUACAAUCUUGGCUAGUUUGAGACACGAGAACAUUGUGAAAUUCAUAGAUGUUAAGGAAACUGAUACUAGAAUAUUAAUAAUAAUGGAACUUAUAUAAGGAGGUACACAAACUUAUACGAUUAUAGGUUCUUUGGAGGAUUUGAUGCAACAAUUGCAGAAGAGUAACAAUUGGUUUACAGAGGAUUAAUGCAAAACAAUUAUUAGGAAUAUCUUAUAAGCCUUGGCGUAUAUGCAUAAGAAUAAUGUUGUGCAUAGAGAUCUGAAGCCAGAGAAUAUUCUAGUCAAUGAAGAUUUGAGUUGUGUCAAACUAAGCGAUUUCGGGUUGAGUUCUGUUUAAAAUUAGUUAAUGACCAAACAAUGUGGUACUCUAAUCUUCAUGGCACCAGAACUCCUUAUGAACAAAACUUAUAGCAAGGUAUAGUCUUAUCCUAUCGUUAGAAUGUAGAUAUAUGGGGCGUUGGAGUGAUCAUGUUCAUGUUACUUAAUUAUGGAUAGCAUCCUUAUUAUAAAUAAGGAGACUCUCUUGAGCAGAUCCUUCAGAACACCAAGAUGAUGCAUGAGCAGGGCAGACUUACUUAGUAACAAUCUAAAAUGAUAUAAGAAUUUUAGAUUGUAAUACAGUCUAUUUAAAAAAUUAACUGAAUUGGACCAAACCAAAAGAUACAGAGCUGAUUAAGGAUUGCUUCAUCCUUGGUUGAAUGAGCAAAACGAUGUUGAGGUACCCUAAACUAUGGAGGAGAUCUUCCAUACUUGGAUUCAAUAAUAGAAAUUACUAAAUUUAAUAAAAUCAGUAAUGUGUCUAUCCAAAAUGGGUUAUAUGAAGAAAUUAGAAAACAGAGAGAUAUGUAAUCGGUUUUCAGAGUAAAAGACUAAAUUGAAGGAAGAUAAGAACAAAAAGGAAGGGAAACUUACUAUAAAUAAAGAGUUUUAUGAUGAAUUGUUUGAAGAUUAUUAGAAAACCUUAACUGAGCAAUAGAAAAGAUUAGUUUUAUAAAGUAAAUUAAAAUAAAAUAUUGAUAGCACAAAAAGUUGAGAGCGAAAAAUAAAUUAAAUAGUAGGUCUAGAGUCAGGCUUUGUCUACUGUUUAAGCUAAAUUACAAUUCAUUAUUCGAGCCAGAAAACCUUCCAACAGUCAGAAGAAUGUUGAUGAACCAGUCCAUGAAAUUGAUAAUGAAGUUAAAUUAGAGUAAAACGAAUCUUAGCCUGAUAUGCUUUUACUAGAUAAUGAAUUGUAAAAUGAUACAAGUGCAUUCGAAAAAUCAUAUCACGAUAUGUCUAUGCAGAUAAAUCCAAUUGCGAAAUCUCCGAAAAAGAAAAGAAAAUCCCCACUCAAAACUUAAACCAAAUUGUACAUCUAAAAAAAUGAAAGCAUUAAUAAUUCUCAAUAAGGAAUCAAAGAAAAGCCAAGUAAUUCCCAGGUUCCUAGUCCUACCAAACUCAUAAAUACUAGUGUUAUUAAUAGUAAUAAUACCACUAAGCAUCAAAUUAGACUCAAACCUCUAUAAACUCAAAUUGAACCUCCAAAAGAAAUUAUUACUAAUAAUACAAUCCUUAAUCAGAAUCCAAUCAAUUAUGAACCUAACUUUCGCUCUGCUAUUAGACCUAUUAGAUAAUCACAUGUCCCAAGAUUAUCCAGACUUAGUGUGGAUAGAGAUUAAGUUUAACCUGCCGUUUUAGAUCUCUCUAGUAUGGCUAUGGGUGGAUUUAGUCCUGUUCACAGUAAUCAGUUUUUAUUCCCUUAAAAAAUUCCAAGUUAUUGUCCUUAAAAAAGAGUAUACUAAAAUGAGUUUCAUCCUUCUAAAGUACUCUAAUCUUUGGCAUCAAAAAAAUCAAAUGAUCAUUAUAAUUUUAUUAAUGGUGGGCCUAAAUGA